AUGGCAACGCUUCCUCCAUUGAAUCUGAGGAAACAAAAAAGUCCGAUAAAAAAUGCUAUUUCUGUUGAAAUUCCAGAACAUUUUCAAAGUGUCCUUUGUCGAUUUAAAGGAUUAGAUGGAAUAAGUAGUAUACCGUCUACAUUAAUUCCAGGGAAUAUAUCCUUAGAAGAUCUUGGAAUACUUUUGAAUAAACUUUUAAAUAAUAACGAACGAAUAUCAUACUUAUUUUCAGCAGAGAUAGAUGGAAAAUGGAUCGAAAUAAAGGAAAAUCUGUACUCUUCAAUAUUUCACAAUAAUUUAAAAUCGACGGAGGAUGAGUUAACAUUGAUAUAUAUACCACAAGAAAAUUUCCGUGUUCGUGCUAUCAAUCGAUGUACAGCAACAAUAAGCGGACAUAAUAAAGAAAUUCUUUGUGCACAGUUUUCUCCAAAAACUAGUUCUUAUUUUUCAACGGGAAGCGGUGAUGGAAAUAUUAGAAUAUGGGAUUGCGAUACAGGAACACCAUUACAUACUUUAAAAGGACAUUCAAAUUGGGUUCUUUGUAUAUCUUGGUCUCCUGAUGCAAAAUUAGUUGCAUCGGGAAGUAUGGACAAUACCAUUCGACUAUGGGAUCCUGAAAAAGGGAAAAAUGUCGGAGAAGCACUUAAAGGUCAUACAAAAUGGAUAACAUCAUUAUCAUGGGAACCUAUACAUCUAUCAACAGAGAAUUCGUAUCGCCUUGCAUCUUCAUCUAAAGAUACUACUGUUAAAAUAUGGGAUAUUAAUUCAAGAUGUAUACUAUUAACAUUAUCUGGCCACAAAUCGAGUAUAUCAUGUGUAAAAUGGGGUGGAAAUGGAUGGAUUUAUUCAGCAUCUCAUGAUAAGACAGUAAAAAUUUGGGAUGGAAAAACUGGAAAACUUUUACACACGUUAUUAGCUCAUGCACACUGGGUUAAUACUAUGGCAUUAUCUACUGACUUUGUUCUAAGAACAGGCGCUUAUGAUUAUACUGGAAUCAUACCAUCAUCUUUUGAAGAAAUGAAAUCAAAAGCAAAAAAAAGAUAUGAUGAAAUUAUUGCAUAUGGGGGAAAUAAAGGAGAGAGAUUAGUUACAGGCAGCGAUGACUUUACUAUGUAUUAUUGGAAUCCAGAAGAAUCUGUUAAGCCAAUUAAAAGAUUAACAGGCCAUCAAAAUCUAGUUAAUCAUGUUUCGUUUUCACCAAAUGGGCAAUGGAUUGCAUCCGCAUCAUUUGAUAAUUCUAUAAAAAUUUGGAAUGGUUUAACUGGAGAAUUUAUAGUAACUUUAAGAGGACAUGUUGCAUCUGUAUAUCAGUGUUCAUGGUCGAACGAUUCUAGAAUGCUUGUUAGUUCGUCAAAAGACACAACAUUAAAGGUAUGGGAUAUUCAUGAAAAAAAAUUAAAAUGCGAUUUAUUUGGGCAUGUGGAUGAAGUAUUUGCUUGUGAUUGGAGUCCAGAUGGCAUUCGAAUAGGAUCAGGGGGAAAAGACAGAGAUACUAAAAUAUGGUCUUUUUAAGGCAAUGAUUCAAAUAAUUAAGAAUAUUAAUCAAUAUUAAAAAUGAAAUCACGUGUUUUAAACAUAAAUUGUAAUAUAUAUAAAUAGUAUCAAAACUAUCUAUUUAUUUUUUUUAAUAACGUCCUUUUUUAAUUCAAAUGAACCAUAAGAUAUUUUAAUAGAAGAAAUCGCAGUUAAAGCAAUUAUAAAUAUAGGAAAAAGAAUAAACAAUAUUAUCCAGCUAUAUCUAAUGUAAGUAAAAAUAUAAAAUAGAACAGAUUAUAAAUACAUCAUAUAAAUUCCUUCAGAAAAAAACGAAUAUCUAGAAAAUAACCCUUUAGGAUUAUUGGAAUUAUAUUUUACAGGAAUCAUAGGUGUCGAAUAGACAGAUGCAUCUCGAUGUUGGAUUAUUACAGGACCAGGUGUAGAUAUAUAAAUCAUAGAAUAUUUUGAUCCAUGGGGCAAUGAAGUCAAUAGAUAAUGAAGAAAUAAAUCUUUCCUCGUCAUUCGUUAUUAUAAUUAGAUUCAAAAAACAUACCAUGAUUUGUUAAUAAAUCUCUUCGUUCCUCCAAAGUACCUACUAUAGGAGGAAACUGAACUACCAAUAUUUUCUCAGUUUCAUUAUAUAAUAGCGGAUAUUCUCCGCCUAGAUAAAAAUCAUAUGUCAAUAUAUAUCAAGCAAAACAUUUAUUUGUGAAAAAUCAUACUUUGUGAAUCAAUUACAAUACUGUAUAUAUAACAUUUAUCUUCCACAUAUUUAAUAAUAUUUUCAACAUCUACAUCACCAUAUCCAUAUGGAACUACCAAGCGUUCUGGAGCUAUAUCAAUAGAUUUUUUAAUCCAUGGCAUUACUGUAUGUUUUAAAUCAUCUGCGUGUAAACCCGGCUGCAACACAAAAACAUAAUAUGUUGAUUCACAAUCAAUAGAAGCUCUUACUAAAGAUUGAAAAGCAUGUCCUGAAAGCGUUGUUGAUACAUGAUCCGAAAAAACCGACUGAUAGGAACUAUAUUUAUUAAAAUAAAACAUUCAAGUCCUUCUUAAAAACCUAUAAGAUCUAUAAAAAAUGAAAGGAGAUGUAUCUUCAAAGCAAGAUAUCUUAUGGAUAUUUAUUAAUAACACAAGAAAAUACAAGAUAUUAUACAAAGUGAAGCAUUGUCGUGCCAUCGAAUGACGAUUGUAUAAAAUCAGCCUUAAAUAUUAAUAAAUAUAAGUCAAGGACGAGUUAAAGAGAUAUUAACUGGACUUAUAAUAAAAGAAAAUAUUUUAUAAUAGAUAGACAUUAUUUAAUUGUGUAAAAAA